AUGCCGGAAACCGGCGACCGGCAACCGGAGUUCGGCGAAAUCGAGGAGAUAAUCGACGAAGUCGACGCAAAGUUCAACCGUUUCAAGAAUUUUGACGUGAAGCUCAACCACCCGCCACUCGACCACCACCACUACGACUUAUUCAACCUGAAAAGCUGGAAAAACCCGAUUUCGACCACCCAUAACAAAACCGCGAUCCAAAACGAGCUCAAAACGUUCGCCAAAAACGUCCCGAGUUGGAUUUUCGCGCGGUCUUACAAGCACAGAAUCGACCUAAUGCGAGCCGCGAUUAUCGGCCCGCCAAACACGCCCUUCCACGGCUGCUUGUUCUUUUUUGACCUCAAAUUCCCCGAAAACUACCCGGAAAAACCACCCAAGAUUCACUACCGCCCCUACGGGCUCGACUUGCACCCGAGCCUCCUCCGCACGGACGGCAAAAUUACCAUAUUACCCCUGUCGGAAAACAAAUGGUACGACCGGCUCAAGCAAAACUACUUGCCCGGAAUAGCUAACAAAAAGUGGAAUCCCGACGAGUCGAACAACCUCAUGCUCGUUUUUCGCGCGAUUCGAGACGAGCUAACUGCGGUUAAAUUAGAGCCGCGUGACAAGAACAACAGGAAGAUUUUCGCGCUGACGUGUCAGAAGAUGAUGAGGGUAUUGAAAGAGCCUCCCUCGGAUUUUUGA